AUGUUGGGACGUACACAGACAAUGGCGCAACGAAAGGAAGGGCUCUCAUCAACCGACAUUUGUGCUUUGUUGCUUUUUAUUUCCCAAGGUAAGGCAUUCUUUCACUUUCAAUCUUGAUUUUUGUGGCGUAAAUUUAACUCUUGAUAAUACAAGUUAUCAGAUGGUACAAUUUAUCUGUCUUUGUGACUUAUCGAUUGUCUCCCCCGUUUAAAUUUGUUCUGGUCUAAUACUGUGAUUGAGGGUUCGCAGUUAUCUUGUUUUGAGACUAAAGCAUAAAAAUAUAACUUCAUGACUCAUCACAAAAGGCAGGUUUUUAUUACAAUACUGAGGCAAUGAAAUUUGGUUCUAUUCUAUCCUCUUGGCCCGCAAGUUAGCUACUUUCCAGGAUAGAUGGCUUCAGACCAGGGAUGGCGCAGUGCUGCCGGACUGCAUUUCUCAUUCUAUCAUUGUUGAACUGGUUGCAAGAGCUCAGUACCUCAAUAACCUAAUGAUCCUCGUUAUUUCAAUAAUUUAAUAGCCUUUUAUUGACUGCUACUUUUGAGUAGUCUUAGUUGCCUACUAUGUUUUCGAUUCUUGAGUGCUCUUUAAUGACUCUUACACAUCAAGGGAGGCUUCUAGCAUUCUUCCUAGCUUGGGUUUGAAUAUUUUAUCUUAAAGAGAUUAUUAUAAGACUCGUCGCAGUUUCUGUUAGAGUUUCUACUUUUGCGUUAAGUGUAAUAUUUUAUCGUUAAUCACAGCGGGCCUCCGCGAUCAAGGAAAAGAUUGUUGUCGGCUUAAAUCGUUGUUUCUCUAGUCAUUUUGGCCGGGUUUUUUCCUCUCCUUCCCCAGAAAAAAACGGCAGCCAUUUUAGCCGAUGUAGUCCCCAAACAUAUCCACUCAGAAAAUGGGACCCUUUUUCACAAGUCUCAGUUUUAUCCCCAUGUUUUGAUUUGUCUUCAGUUUUGUAUCGCUAAGCCUAAUCUUUUCGUUUGUUUAGCACUAUUUACUUUUCAUGGUCAACACAUUUAAUAAAGUAUUGAAAAUUUCCGUAGCGUUUUAAUUUCAAUUCCGCCUUCUAAUCACUAAAAGUCAAAAAACUCUUUUAGUCCAUUUAACAAUUAACAGUAGUCUCGAUCCGUCCAUUUUUUAAUCCUGCUUGUGCCGUGGCUUUUUAUAACACACCAUGUUCAGUUUGUUUUCAAUAACGUGUUUUGUGGCAUGCGUGGGAAAAACACAGUAGAUUGAUGUUAUAUGAUGGCUGACAUUUUCAGAAAUGAUUUAAUUAAACAACUAGAUAAUUUUAAUCCCGGUCGAUCGAAGCAGAAAUUUACCUGUUUGGGGUUUAUCAUUAUUAUUUUUCGACCAAUAAAUGAGUCACUUGCCAACUUGUUUUGGAAAGUCCCCAAAUCAACUGAAUUGAGAUCAAUAGACCAUUAUUCAUACUUGGCUCCGCGGCUUGGGAAAUAAAACAGAAGACAUGUAUUAUUUAUUACUGAGCGUCAAGAUGAUUUUCUUUUAUUUUAUUCCCCCAAGCCUCGGAGUCAAGAAUGAAUUUAAUAUAUCGAAAAUGGUCGAUUGGCUUAAGAAACUGUUUCAGUUGUAUAUGUUUGGAACCCAGGACAAUGAGUAGAGACGUUUAUUUGCGAGUGACUGCGCAGAAGUUGUUUCCAAAGUCACUAUGAGACUGUUUCCCACUCCAGAAAACUAUAAGGAGAAUGGGUACAAGCUUUCGGCGCAACGAUUACUGGGUUCGUUUGAGUUGACAAGCUUUAAAUAUGAUUGGUUAAUGGUUCCGUUGAAUACCAUCGACUAAUCAUAAGUACGUAACGCUUGUCUACCCAAACGAUCCCAGAGCUCACUGAGCCCAAAACUUGUACCCAUUUUCCUAGAGUUUCUGAGCUAGCAAUUGCAAAUAAGUAGGUUGAAUAACCAUGGUGAUAUAGGAUCCUUUUAACACUAAUCUGAGAAAUUAAAACACCAUAAGUUAUACAAAUUCCAGUUCCUUCUACUAAACACAAAAAGUUUAUGUAAAUGGUUUGAGCCAUUGAGUAAUGAUAUAAGCGACUGUAAUGAUGGCUUCCGCAAAGAAAGGCUGGGGAAACGCCAGUCGCUGUCGGUGAAGAUCACUGAAGUCCGUCCGACUAACUAGGCUAUAUUCAUCUGGAUGAUAAUGAUGUAAUGUACUGGGGUUUCACACAUUUAGAAGGCAAAUUUGACGAGUAAAAUGCAACAAGCUUGUCCGACCAAGCACAUGGUAAAAAAACGAACUCCGCAGUCACCAAGUACGGGAUAAAAACAAAUGUUCAAACAACUUAAAACUGAUUCUAAUCAACGUUUCAAAUUGUGGUUUUUGGAUGUUUGUUUUUUUCGACUUUCAACCUAUGCUUAGGUUUUAAUGAACCUAUCGAAGACGUAACCUUCAAUGAUAUGCAAUGAUAGCAGUCAAAUAAAAGCUCAUUUAGUUUCAUAGCUAUAUCAUUUUACAUAUUACAGUGGAGUAUUUUUGCCCAAACUCAUCGUA